GACCGCGCCGCAGAUCGAUACGCCAACACAGUCGCUGCCCGCAGAGUCGCAAGUGAAGCCGUGUGUCGGCACCCGGGCUCGCAGAGUAUUUAACAGCUCGGCUCCGGCGAGCAAACGAGAGCUGUGUGCCCGUGCUAGCUGCACUUACUAUCUACUCGCUUCCUUGGCUUCCCGCCUUUCUUCUUUUCAAACCCAGCUCAGGCACAAGCACGAUGGUGCCUGUCCGGAGUGAUGAAGCGGAGGUGGCGAUGGACGGCGAGUGCUCGGCUCCGGCGGCGACGGCGCGGAGCGGGCCGAGCAGGAGCCACAGCGAGGCGGAGCGGAAGCGGCGGCAGCGCAUCAACGCCCACCUCGCCACGCUUCGCACCCUCCUCCCCGCGGCUUCCCGAAUGGACAAGGCGGCGUUGCUCGGGGAGGUGGUGCGGCACGUCCGGGAGCUGCGGGGCGAGGCGGACGCCGCGGCAGCGGGCGCGGCCGUGGCCGUCCCGGGGGAAGGCGACGAGGUCGGCGUGGAGGAUGGGCACUCCUGGCGCGGCGGGGAGAGGACCACCACCAGGCGCGUCAGGGCAUGGGUGUGCUGCGCCGACCGGCCUGGGCUCAUGUCCGAGCUGGGCCGCGCCGUGCGGUCGGUAAGCGCGAGGGCGGUGCGUGCGGAGAUCGCCACCGUCGGCGGGCGGACGCGGAGCGUCCUGGAGCUGGACGUCGGCGAGCAGCAGGCGGCCGCGGACGGCGAGGGCGCGUCUUCACGGCCGGCGUUGCAGGCGGCGCUCAGGGCUGUGCUGCUCAGCCGGGAGGAGCUGCUCGCCUCGGAGUGCUACAAGCGACAGCGCUUCUCGGGGCACCUCACCAGGGUGUAGUAGCGCAGUAGCACUGUAGGAGUGAAUGACCUGAUGAGAGACAGAAGGGAAAGGGUAGGACUGUGACAUGUCUACUACCUUUUUUAGUUGUAACAUGUAGAUUAUCACAAAACUUUCAUUGUUUACUCGACCAGUUGGUAUUCAAAAUUGUUGAGCUCUAUCAGGAACUGUAAAAUGUGAGUGCAUGGUCAUGUAAAAUGACACAAGAUGAUUGCAGAAUGCGAGAGACCAGACGACCAGUCCAAACUGCCCAGGCUAGUCUCAUCUUGUACUGAGGCACACGCCAUGUUUCUUGGCAGUACAGAAGUCAGAAAGAUAAGCACACAAGAAUACAAGAUGUAUGGUGAUGGAAAU